CGGAUGUUGUAGCCGGAAGUCCGUACACUACUUCAUCGUGUGGAAGGAGGCGUGCUGGAGCUUGACAGUUGACACUGGUCCACUGCGUGGCAUUCGCCCUCUGAGGACGGUAGCUGUUAGCUAGCAGUGCGAAGAAAUCCACAAGGAUAACAAACAUCCGUGUAUAGUCUGAGAUGCCAGAUGCAGGUCCAUGGGUGUGAGCCGACUAGAUGUAUUUUACAGAAGGCUACUCCUCACCAAACUCUUCAUCGGGGGAUGGGGUAAGCCUGAAGACCUCAAGAGAAUCUUUGAGUUCCGUAAGCACAUUGGAGACAGAGAGAGGUGCAGGUCUCUGGUGCCUAAGGACUAUCCGGUUCACAUAAACAAGACAGAGGAGCACACUGACUGUCAGAUCCAUGAAGGGUUCUUCAUCUCUCCUCUGGAGCACUUGGUUCCUGGGAUCCUGCCCCCAGAGGCUGUCAAAGCCAGGUUCCAGUUUAUAGUACCUAAGAAGUGGCAGAAGAACAGACCAGUAUGUAUCCACCUGGCCGGGACUGGAGACCACUUUUUCUGGCGUCGCCGGACUCUGAUGGCCAGGCCGAUGGUCAAAGAGGCAGGAAUGGCUUCGCUGCUUCUGGAGAGCCCUUAUUAUGGCUACCGUAAACCCAAGGACCAGCUGCGGUCCAGUCUAAAGAAUGUGUCAGACCUGUUUGUGAUGGGAGGGGCUUUGAUCCUGGAGUCAACAGUCCUUCUGCGUUGGCUGGAGAGUGAAGGUUACUGGCCACUAGGAAUGACUGGCAUCUCCAUGGGAGGACAUAUGGCUUCCCUGGCAGUGACUAACUGGCCGAAGCCCAUUCCUCUGAUUCCCUGUCUGUCCUGGUCCACGGCCUCGAGUGUCUUUACCACGGGCGUGCUGAGUAAAGCUGUGAACUGGAGAGAGCUGGAGAAGCAAUAUGCCAUUAACUCGGUGUAUGAAGAGGAGAUCAUUAAGCUGUUGGAGUACUGUGGGGCUGAUUCCUUUAAGAUGGGUCCAGAAUUUGUGAAGAAUGUGGACUCUUUCGAACAUCUGUUGGGCCUGUCGGGAGAGGAGCGAGCGUCUGUGGAUCAGAACUCCAAAGCUGACCAAUUGUUUUCACCGGUGAACAGAAGUGGGAUGAGCUUCAACAUCCUACCAAGAAGCCUUCGUGCAAACACGCAGCAUGGGAAGAAGACGGAAUUGGCCAAAUGCUAUCGACCAUCAUUACAUAGAGAGUCUAUAAGCUUCAUGAAGGGAGUGAUGGACGAAUUUACUCACAUGGCCAACUUCUCUGUCCCUGUAGACACCAGUCUCAUUGUCGUGGUCCAGGCCAAAGAGGAUGCCUACAUCCCUCGUACAGGAGUCCUCAGUCUGCAGGAGAUCUGGCCAGGGUGUGAAGUCAGAUAUCUGAAUGGAGGACACAUCAGUGCAUACCUGUUCAAACAGGGUGUCUUUAGACGGGCCAUAUAUGAUACAUUCGACAGAUUCUGCCUGAAGUAUCCCAACCUGCAGUAGCCACGGCAGGCUGAAGUUCUUUCCUCCUGUAACAGCGUCAGGAUCAGUGCCUGAAUGACCAGAAGUCUCCCGUUCUAAUUCUUACGUUACCUUAUUCUAGAACGAGACUGAAACUGUCCAAAGUAUCAAACAUGUUGUUGUUUGUGUUCGUCAAACUAACACUGAGUGUUAACAAGCAGCUGUAGAAACCUGCAGCAGUGUGUGUUCUCCUGUUUCCGUCCUGAUGGCCGUGUUAUUAAUGUUCUACCUGGAUAAACUUUGGACACACGGACGCACCAAAUCAAAUCCAAUUUAUUUCAAAUCCAAUCAGACACGCCCUGUAAUGUUCUACUGAUUUCAUAUGGGAAAAUGUCAACUCACUGUAGCGUAACUACUACACAAUGUAGAUUACUGCAGUAUAUGAUCAAUUACAGGAAGAGAGACCAGCUAUCAAUACAAUACUGAUGACAGAAAUAUCAUAAGACAUAUCAUAAUUAUACAUAUUAAUGUAUGUUAGGAAUUACAUCACGCCCCUUUCAAGACAGAGAAAUAAUGAUUAAACAACGAUAACAAACAUCAUGAUUUUGUAACUACAGUUUGCUUUGGUUAUAUUUCAAAUCCUGUUAUUUCUGCACUAAUAGUUUCUGUACAUUCAGUAAUUCCGUCUGCAGGGUUUUGAUAGUUAGUGGUGGAGUGCACCUCCCACAGGAUCACAUGACCUUUACUCUUCUCUCCUCCAGCUGAUGCUCAUCUCAGGUGGAGCUGUGUGUUGGGCUGCACUGUGAACAGAUACACCAGUUGCUCUUCUGUUUCUCACAAAGUAUCGGAUCAACCAGUGUUUGCUUUCAUAUUAAACCACAUAUACUGUUACCACGGUAACCACGGUAACAGUAAAUGUGGUAGUGGGCAAUGGGACCAAUAAGGAGUCAACAGGUGUGCUUACUGGGAGGAGGAUCGGAGUCAGCGUCCCGUGAAACAUUUGAGAGUUGCUGUGCAGAUUGAAAUGUACUAUCAAUAUAAGAGUCUUUAAUCGUAUUGAUCCAAACGUCAGACCACCAAGAACAUGCACUGUCCAUAACAGAGGGAGUGUUCCUCUGGUGACAAAGGGGAGAAGACCUGUACACCAAAGUGACGCCUGGAUAGUUUCCACAUCCUCAGGGUCGAUCCAACGACUAUAGCAUGGCGAGGAAGGACAGUUGAUGGGGGUGUAAAGAGGCUGUGGAGAGGAAGUGGCCUCCGUGUUGGAGGAGAAGUGGAUUUGUUUCAGAAAAUAGAUCCAAUGCUGGCGCACCUUCAUGUUGGCAGUAAAACCUAACAUUAGGACAAGCCAAACCUCCGAGAGACUCUGACCCCUGCAACAGCACCCCGUCACAGUUCAGACCACCCCAACGUUUAACUGUUAAUGUUGUGGAAAAAGUAUUAGGGUAGGAACAGUAGACCGUGGAGAAGGUGGGAGAGUUUUGUGAGCCUGUGCUGCACGAGGUGAGUGCAUCGGUGACCAGCUCUCAACCGUAGUCUAGUUACCAUAGGGGGCACAGCUGAAUAUAAAUAGAUCUUCAAAUUUGACCGUGAUCUGGUCACCAAGGUCUUCAGGGCAAUCUUAAAUUUGACAUUUCUUAUUUUAUUUUUUUAUUGACUAAGUCAUUACAGGCCAAGUAAUGACGAGUGCAUAUCAACGGAUAAAGAGAAUAUACAUAGUACCAAGGGGCCCAAAGCAGACAGGAGUCCAGCAUGGCUUCAGACUGAUGGCUGUGUGUUGGUAAUUAUGAAGUCUAAAGAAAUAAGUCACUUUUGUCCACAUUAAGUUUAUGACCGGAUAUAUGGUUCUAAGAGCAGCUGGUACACACAGCAGCAGCUGCAUAAAGGGAAACCUUCUGUUUAAUCCAUUUCUCGAAGGGCACCGCUGCCAGAUAAAGCUAUACGGAGGGAAGUGCUCUCAGUGGGUUCUGUGGGUUCUGACUGAAGCACAGGAGAAGUGUAGAGCUAAUUCAGGAGACUCAUGUCUUACCCAAGCCAGAUGCAAUGUGUAAAACAGAGAGGUCUACUCUGACAAUCAAAGGCUGCACAGCAUAGUUCUCCUAAUGUCUUACACAAAAGAACCUUGCUCGUGUACUGAGGGUAAGAAAGAGCUCUUUAGUAUUCACUGUAUUCUGGAUACAGGGUUACCUGGAACAGGUAGUGUUGUGUUUUCCUGUGAGGCCUCGUGGUGGUGCUGAUACUUUGAAUAAAUAGAUGAAAAACAUUGUUUACAUAAGAUCAAUAUAUGUAAUAUGAUUUUAACAUAUGACUCAAUAUAAGUGGCGGGUCGCUAAAGACUCGAGGUAUGUAGAAAUGUUUGAAAACACACCCAUGCUUUUAAAGGUUAAACUGACCCAACAAGUGUUUCUCGAUGACGUCAGAGAAAUAUGAUUAAUGUCAUCGGACUGAUCUUAGUAAAGCUGUGAUGAGCUUCAUACUAUCGGUGGCUGAGCUUUCAGUAGCUUCUCUCUUGUUACUAGGAGCUUUGCACCUGGUCCACCUCCAGACCUUCUGCUAGAACCUCAUGUUCUGCAACACAGUGAAGAGCAGUAACAGCUUGGCUCAUUUGUUCCAGAUAUAAGUGCAUGUAAUACUACACAUACAUAUACUUCUAAGGGUGCAGGGUUUUAUUAUUGUCUUUAUACAAUAUAGUGAGUGCAGCCCCCUCCAUGCCACACACAUGAAUACACAGAUGUUUAAAUUAGAAUAGAACAUAUACAAUGCAUUAUGUAAUAAAAGAGAACAAACUAAAUGAGUAGGGCUAAAGGAAGAAAAUAUUGUAAUAUGAGUUAUUGUUAUUGAGUGUUAUUGUGCAAAAGGUAGAGGAAUGACAAAAGCUCUGUCAUUUAUUUAUGGUGGAGUGGAGGAGUCUCAGCCUAAGGACUACAUAUGUAUGUGUAACAUAUACUUAAGCACAAAGAACAGAAUAUGAACAUGUUUUUUUAACUACAGCAUGAGAAGAUUUAUUUUCAGUAGAAUUCCUUUAGAUCAUGUAGGAUCUCAGAUCGACUGCGACCCUUCUCUGCUGUCCGUCCCCACUGUGCCUACACUGUGACAAUCUGCACCUCAUCCAGAAGGUUCUGUUUGCUUGUGACCUUUUUCUUCUAGCUUAGUGAUGGAAAUGUUUUGAAUCUACUGAUUUGACUCAGUAUCCAAUAAACAUGAUGGCAUUUUC